UCCCAGAUGGAUUCCUGGCUCCCUUUGGGAGCACAGAGUGGGUGUGAGGGUUUCCCAGCACCAUCGUGAGUCAGGAAGCAGAACAGCCAUGCCUUGGGCAUUGGGUCAGGGACAUGGUCUUUGGAGAGAUAGUCUCUGAGGGGCAGAGAAGAUCCUUCCUGGAGGUGGUGCUGCUGGCCAUCUACGGCCCCCUGCUGCACCUCAGCCCGGCUGGGCUGGUCCUAGCCUUAUCCAUCCUGGGGGAAGCUGCCCAACUGACCGGGACAAGGUGAAGAGGCUGGAUUAGGCUCAGGUGAUUGGGGGUGGAACCCAGGGCCUGUGACCUCUAGGCCCUGGAAAGUCAUUCCCAUCCCAUUCCAUUGCCAUUUGGUGUCUGAAAAGCAGCAAGAGGAGGAUCAAAUGCAUCACAAGUUGAGGAAAAGUCCACAAUGACCAGCACUCCAUCACAUGAUGUACUGAGGAAGAAAAUGUCCAACCAAACCACCGUGACCGAGUUCCUUCUCCUGGGAUUCUCUGAUGUUCGGGAGCUGCAGAUUUUACACUUCACCAUGUUUCUAGUGAUUUACCUAGCAGCCCUGAUGGGGAAUCUUCUCAUCAUCAUAGUUGUUGUCCUCAACCACCAUCUUCACACCCCCAUGUACUUCUUCCUGAUGAAUUUGUCCAUCCUAGACAUCGGCUCCAUCUCUGUCACUGUCCCCAAAUCCAUGGCCAAUUCCCUCAUGAACAUCAGGUCAAUUUCUUAUUCUGGAUGUGUUGCCCAAGUCUUUCUCUUUGUCUUUUUUGUUUCAGCUGAUCUUGUUUUAUUGACCGUCAUGGCGUACGACCGAUAUGUCGCCAUCUGCCAACCGUUGCACUAUGAGAGAGUGAUGAACAGGAGAGCUUGUGUCCAAAUGGCAGCUGGUGUCUGGAUCAGUGUUUUUCUCUACUCUGUGCUGCACACUGGAAUCACGUUUGCAAUAUCCUUCUGUGGAGGAAACGUGGUGGAUCAGUUCUUCUGUGAAAUCCCCCAGCUCCUCAAGCUCGCCUGCUCUGACUUGUACCUCAGUGAAACUGGGGCUAUUGCUUUUAGUGUGUGCUUAGGCUUAAGCUGCUUUGUUUUUAUAAUUGUGUCUUAUGUUCAGAUCUUCAAAACAGUGCUGAGAAUCCCCUCUGAGGGGGGCCAGCAUAAAGCCUUCUCCACCUGCCUGCCUCAUCUCACCGUGGUGUCCUUGUUCUUUUGCACUGCCACCUUUGCCUACAGUAAUCCCACCUCCAGCUCAACAUCAGGUCUGGAUCUCGUGGUGGCUGUUCUCUAUUCCGUGCUGCCAGCAGUAAUGAAUCCGAUCAUCUACAGCAUGAGGAACAAGGAGAUCAAAGCUGCAUUGAGGAAAUUGAUAGCAUUGAGGACAUUCACUAGAAAUAAACUGUCCAUUUUUUUCCCUUUGGUUGUGAUUUCAUUCCAUGUUUCUGUAUAAAUGUAAUCCUCCGAUGA